GAUACGGUGCUGUCUGAGACAGAGAGUGGUUUGUGCUAAACUGUCACGCUUAGAAAACUUAUAAAAUUAACUAUCAUCCAGUCACUGAUUUUUCAAAAAUAUACACCUAGAACUCUAGGGAUUUUAGAUAAGAAAAGUACUAUGCUUUUUAAAAACUCAUGCAAAAAGUAAAUGAAUAAUAUUUGCAACUUUUUUUGAAAUUUUUCUUCGGAAAGAACAGGGUUUAUCUGUGAUCACGGUCACGAAAAUGGAAGAUCUAGGCCUAGAAAAACUGUUUACAACCAUGAGCACUAAAGCAAAUGAUGGAGAUAUCGAGCGAGAUUCCUUUGAAAAACGUCUUCAUCGUUUAGCAGAAAGUGAUGAACACAGUGAUUGUGAAUUUAUAGUUGGUUCCGAAAAGAAAAUUAUCAAGGGACAUAAAUUGUUAUUUAGUGCAGCCAGUGAGGUAUUUGAUGCUAUGUUUUACGGGCUCCUUAAGGAAGACAAGCCAGUGGCUAUUGAAGAUUUGACUGCAGAGGGAUUUGAAGGUAUGAAGACAUUCAUUUACACGGGUAAAGUUAGUUUCAAAUCAGCAAAACAUGCGCUCUUGACCUACAUUGCAGCUCGAAAAUACUUGGUGACACUACUUGGCAAAGUGUGCACAGAUUUUAUUGUAAAUAAUAUGAAAUCUUCAGAAGUGUUGGAGUUCUGUGAUAUUUGCAAACUCAAUUGUAUCUCAGAAUUCGAAGAGGAUUGCACAAGAAUCAUUCAAGAGAGAACUGAUGAGGUGGUUGAUAGUAAGUAUUUCAUUCAUUCUAAGCCCGAGACAAUCGAAUUGAUUUUGAAAUCACCUGCCCUGAAAUUAAAAUCGGAAAUCGAGGUUUUUGAACAUUUUGAAAGAUGGGCACUGGCUGAAGUCGAACGCAAGAGGAUAAACGAAAAUGAAAUUGCAUGCAGCUUUGACAAUCUUAAAAAGCACAUUCGUUUUUUUUCAAUUAAGGGAGAUGAGUUCGCAUCAAGAGUUGGGGAGUCUAAAUUGUUGACUCACGAAGAAAAGUAUGCAAUUGCUUUUAAUAAAUUGAAAUUAUCAUCAAAACCAAUGCCAGAUAGUAUUUCAUAUAUUGAAAUGCCUCGUAAUUUCAAUGUUUUACCGACUUCCAUUUAUCAUACUACUCACGUAUUCAGAUUGUCAUUAAUAAAAACUAAUUCUAUUGCUGGACCUCCUAUAGUCGGGACUUGUCCAAAAUAUGGUACAAGUAUAUUAACGGUCAGUUGUGAUUAUGCAUGUGGAUUUAUUUUUUUCAAAUUGACCACGAACUACUAUGCUAUUAAAGCAAUUUUUGUCAUUAAAUCCAUAAUCAGAAUUCUAGCAGUGAAUAAAUGUGAUGAUCUUGUAAUUGAGAGUGAGAUCAAAGAUUUUGUGAACACCUCACAAUCUUCACAAAUACAGAAAACAAUUUAUCUGGCAAUGAUUCCAGUAAACAAAGUGAAUGAUGACCGUUUUCUAAAAAGUAAUAAAGUAAUCGAUAUUAAAGGAACGUUCAAAGUCGAGAGGAUCAAUCCAGCCUGAAAUGAUCGAAUGAAACACACACUAUAUUUCAGAGUUGCAAACAGUUUUACUACAUUAUUAUUGAUUUGAUUUUCAUUUUCUUUUGUAAGUUAUCUUAAUAAUAUUUUCCUACUUCAACUCUUCCAAUUAAUUUUUAACGAGAUGUAUGUUUUUUAUUUUCCAAGUGUUUUUAAGUGACUUCUGUAAUAUUAAGUAUCAUUGAAAGGAUCAAAUACGAGUGAACUAUUUAAAAAAGAUGACAUUUAUUAUUAUAUCCCAAUUUGUCAAGUUAUGUUUUUAUUCAAGUUCUAAUAAUAUUUCGUUAAUCAAACAAUUCUCAUUUAUCCUACAUUUUUAUUUUUCUCAUUUUGUCAAUAAUUAUUAAUUUGAUCUUCAAUUGUGGAUAACUUUAUCUUAUCACCUUAUCUACUCUUGUCAAUUAUGAAUAAUAUUUUGUGAAAGUAUCACAAAUAAACGACCUCAAAAGCAGCUAUAU